UUAAUUAAUCUGUGAUGACUAUGAUUGUAGGACAAGUUACGGAUUAUACGUAUUGACAUAAUAUUAUGAUGAAAUAACGACUCCUAAAAAUGUUUUGAAUUCUUAAGAGUUGACGAUACUUUAAAAUUGGAUUUUGAGAAUAUGGAUUCAACGAUACUAAAUAAGAAAAUGUACCUCUUGGAUGGUAGUUUUAUCAGUGGUAUAACACCUUAUGUAGAUAUUAACAGUGUUAUGAAACAUCCACUUUGGGGAUCGAAUUUGCUUUUAAACAAUGAAGAUGCUGUUAUUUGUGGCCAUAAAGAUUAUAUUAGAGCUGGGGCUGAUUUUUUGACCACCAUCACAUAUCAAGCAAGCAUUGGAGGCUUUCAAAAAUAUUUAAACCUAGAUUAUGAUCAAAGUUUUGAAUUAAUUAAGAAAUCUGUUAUGAUUUGUCAACGGGCAAUAACAGAGGAAAAUAUAGAAAGGAAUAUACAAAUAAUGGGAUCUAUUGGUCCAUAUGGUGCAUCAUUACGCGAUUGUUCAGAAUAUAAUGGUAAUUACAUAGACACCAUGAAUUUAAAAGAAUUAUAUAAUUGGCAUAAACCUCGAAUUCAAGCAUUGGUGGAGGCUGGAGUUGAUAUAAUGCUCUUUGAAACCAUACCUUCAGUCAUUGAAGCUACUAUUUUGCUAAAUAUACUGACUGAAUUUCCAAACCAAAAAGCAUGUUUAUCUUUCUCGUGCAAGGAUGGCAAUCAUCUGAGUCACGGUGAAAAAUUUUCAAGUGCUGUUGAACUGUUCUGGUCAAAUGAUUACCGUAAACAGUUAAUUGCCAUUGGUAUGAACUGUUUGCACCCAAAAUUUAUAACACCACUUUUGAUGUCUGUAAAGACUAAAAAUGUUAAUUUUAUUGCUUAUCCAAAUGGGGGUGGCAUCUGGGAUGUUGCUCAAAAUUGUUAUGAUAAUACUCAAAUAUAUAAAGUUUCUAUCGAUGAUCUCAAAAUUUGGAACAAAAAAGGAUUGAAAAUAUUUGGAGGCUGUUGUAAAACUGAUGCUAAUGAAAUAGCACGUAUAAGAAGUUUAAUGGAUGAUCUACUUUUAUAAUUCAAUUUUAAAUUUAAUAUUUAUUGUUUGUGUGAUUUAUAUUUUAUAUAAUUUUUUAAUUAUGUACUUUGAUGUAAAAUUUAAUUAUAGUUCUUUUUAUAUAUUGAUAUAUUAUUGUUCAACAAAUCUAUGUACGAAUAGGAAAUGAUGUUAUUAUUAAUAUUAUCACAAGACCUCUUAUGGGCACAAUCAUACUUUACAUUGCAAAUUGCAAUAAUAGCAUACCCAGAGCUGCAAACAACAAUUAGUCUUUAGUAUUGCUACUAAUACUUAAAUACAACAUAACUAUAUUAUAUGUAUACUCUGAAUUAUUAUUAUCAUCAUUGUUUUUGUAUUUAAUUAUUUAUAUGUUCUAACUUUUAUAGCUUAUUGUAUUUAUAU